AUGGGGUCUAAGGGGAACUAUGGCGGUAAUCCAGAAUAUCCUCCAGCUAGUAGUGGAUAUACUCAACCCAUUGGUGCACCAAAUUACCCACAGGCUGGAUAUCCACCUCAAACAGGAUAUGGACCUCCAGUUAGUAAUGCCCCUGGAGGAUAUGGACAACCACCAGCUGGUCCUGCACCUGGAUAUGGACAACCACCUGCAGGUACUGCAUCUGGAUAUGGACAACCACCUGGAGGAUAUGGAAAACCACCUGCAGGUAGUGCACCUGGAUAUUGGCAACCUCCAGCUGAAAGUACUCCGAGGCAAGGACAACAAGCAGCUGGAUAUGGACAAUCACCUGGAGUUCCUGGAAGUUAUGGACAACCAUCAGUUGGCAAUGACCCAAUUGGAUAUGGUAAAGCUCCCCCUGGUGGUUCUCCAGGAGGCUAUUUUGGAUAUGGUCAACCUGAUAUCAAUUCUGGUUAUUCAUCUGUUCCUGGCAAUUCUGCAGGUUAUGGAGGACCACCAUCUUCAGGACCAUCAUCUUAUCACCCUAAGAUCUGUGACUCUCGCACGCAGUCUCUUUUAAUACUCGAAAUCUUUAACCACCCUGAUGGAAGAUAA